AUGACUAUUGCAAACGAAAGUUUAUUAGAAUUCAUUUCUGAAAAUAAAACUAAAGAUGCUAUUGAGUUCAAUAAAACAUUGUUUGACUCAAUAAGUCAUAGAACAUUGUACAAUUUUAAAGGUUUAAAAAUGAAAUUAUUUAAAGAAAAAUGUAUUACAUGCAAUAAAAUACAACAGAGAAUUGGCGACAAAAUUUCAACUAGAUGUAAUACUUGUGAGGCAGCCGUAUAUUAUGAAUGUUUAAUAUGCAGAAGUCAAUACAAGUAUCCUGCUGGCAUUUAUACUCACAUAAGUUUAAAGCAUACAAACUCAGAUACUUCAAAACCUGUCAAAUGCGAAAGAUGCGGUAUAGAAUUUAAAGCACAGCGUAAUAUGAAGGAACAUUUAAGAUAUUGUAAGGUAUUACCUUACAUGAAGUGUGAAUUUUGUUCUAUGAUGGCUAAACGCAAAAACUGCCUUCGAAAACACAUAUUAAUAAAGCAUAAAAAUGAUAUUCAAGCAAUGGAUAUUGAAAAUUUGUUACAAAAAAUUGUUGAAAAUUCGCAGGAAUUAAGAAGACAAGCAAUAAGAAGGGCUGAAAUUGUAUAUGGAGGUUGUACUUCAUCUAGAGUAGAACCAUUUCCUAUUGCAAAGCACAUCAAGCUCUUCUGCAAGAAAUGCAAUACUACAUUCAAGAAACUGCUGGGUAUGGAUCAGCGAAGUUGUCGAAUAUGUGGAGCCCAACUGUUCAUGCAGUGUGUCAAAUGUGACAGCAUUUAUAAAUUUCGUAGCAGUAUUUCCAUGCAUCUAAAGAGCAAAUGUGUUUUGAACGAUAACUUGGUACUGCACUGCAACGAUUGCAAUUACAUUACCUUCACCAAACAAAGACUUAAGCGACAUAUAUACCGGAAGCACAUGUUGAUUAAACUAGAGAAUUAUUUAAAAUGCAGAAUAUGCAGUAAGGGAUUCAAAUUCAAAGAAGAUCUAUUGAAUCGCCAACUAAACUGCGAAAGCUUAAAGGAGCGUAUCUGCAAUAUUUGUAGAUUCAAAACUAAUAGAAGAACGAAUCUUAGCCUACACAUGAAGAAUAAACAUACACCGACGAAAUUGCUUGAGGAAAAGAUGCACGUCGACGUGAACGUUAAAAUUGUGGCGGAUUCGAUUGCUACAUAUUGUUCGAAAUGCAAUUCAUAUAACAAGCCCAUAGAAAAGAUCACCAAAUGUCUAUACUGCAAGACUCCAGUUAUUUAUUGCUGCAAAAAAUGUAAUUUGCAGAAGCAGAAAUAUGUACGUAUGCGUAUUCACGUAAUUCGGAAACAUGGCGAAAAGAUUUACGCGUGCACCAAAGGCUGUGGUAUUUCCUUCUCUUAUUUGUAUGAUUGCCGUCAGCACCAGAGAUUCUGCGGCAAGAAACCACAUCUCCAUUGUGAUCAAUGUUCUUUUAAAACUAAGUACAAGCAUACCUUACUUGCGCAUAAGCGGCGUAAUUGUACUGGUAUCGUCUAUACUCAUGUACCUGAGAAAAAAGUUUUAUGCUACUGUUACUACUGUGACAAACCUUUUGAAAGUAAAAUCCAGAAGCUUCGUCAUGUAAAAUUAUGUAGCAAAACCACAUCUUUCUUAUUUUGCGAUCACUGCAGUUUCAGGACGGUUUUCAAACCUGUUUUGAUAAAUCACAUCCAAUCUAAGCACGGUGCCCGUCUAUUCAGGGGUAUUAAUGCAUUCCACUGUAAAAACUGCACCAAAGUCUUUAGAAACUAUUUUGUCUAUAGUAAACAUAUCGAAAAUUGUCGUUUUCGGGAAAAGAAAACGUAGCUUUACUCGUCUUACUAUCUUAAUACGUUUACGUAUUGUUCGGAAUGUAUCAUCAAUUUCCAUGAUGAUAUAAAA